AUGAAACAUUUUCCUCCAGAUAGAGAGGUCACUCACUGCAGUGUGAAAAUGUUUAACUUCACCACCACUGUGUCUGAAUUUCUCCUUAUGAGGUUUUCUGACACCCGUGAGCUUCAGAUUACAUAUUCUUUCCUUUUCUUUCUCAUUUAUUCAGCAGGCUUAAUGGGGAAUCUCCUCAUUGUCAUUGUCACCACUUUUGACAGGAGACUCCACACGCCCAUGUAUUUUUUCCUUAGGAAUCUGUCCAUUGUGGAUGCCUGCUUCAUAUCAAUAAUAAUUCCUCAGGCAUCAAUUAACUCCUUGUUGAACAAUAGAGCUAUCUCAGUUACUGGAUGUGCAGCUCAGAUAUUCCUGGUGACUUUAAUGGCAUAUGUUGAAUUUACUUUGCUUACCGUCAUGGCCCGGGAUCGUUAUGUUGCCAUUUGCCAACCACUUCUCUAUCCAGUGCUCAUGAGUCCCCAAGUCUGUAUACAGAUGACUUUAACAUGCUUGUUCACUGGCCUUUUGUAUGCAAGUUUACAUACUGGUUUCACAUUUCGAUUGUCUUUCUGCCAGUCCAAUGUGAUCCAACAAUUUUUCUGUGAUAUGCCCUCUCUACUCAAGAUCUCUUGCUCAGAGACAUUCAGCAAUACAUUAUUCUUAGUUGGCUCUAUUCUGGUAGUUGGGGUUGGCUGUUUUUCCUUCAUCACUGCAUCUUACAUUAACAUAUUUUCCACUGUGCUCAAAUUUCCAGUGAAAGAAGACCAAAGAAAAGCCUUCUCUACUUGUGUCCCCCACAUCAUUGUGGUUACUUUGUUCCUCAUUUCAUCCUCUUAUGUACACCUACAACCACCUUCAGAUUCUGGUUCCAUUAAAGAUAUAAUCCUUUCAAUAUUCUAUACUGUAGUAGCUCCCUUUAUGAAUCCUAUUGUAUAUAGUCUACGCAAUAAGCAGAUAAAAGAAGCUGCAAGAUUGGUAAUGAAGAAAACGUUUUUAUUAAGGAAUAAAACAUAA